GUUAGCUGGGUCGAAUCUUCUUUGUACGAAAAAUAUUUAGGGAACGGGAUAACAGAAUUUAACAACUCCCGGCGCUCACAAAAAAAAAUAACCGCGCAAAUUUUCAUUAAGUUGUGAAAGAAGUUAGAUUUACAGAAUAAAAAGGAAAUAGGACAAAGUCUAUUAGAACUACAAAAAAAGGCAUAAAUAUGUCCAGUACAUCAGCAAAACAUAAAAAUUUUGUAUCUGAGCCAAUGGGUGAAAAACCUGUGACAGAUUUAGCUGGCAUUGGGGAAGUGUUAGGAGGGAAGCUAAAAGAAUUAGGGUUUGAACAAGCAUAUGUGGUCCCUUAGGGCAAAUUUCUUGUGUUCCGAAAAGAUCAAGAACUAUUCGUUGACUGGUUAAAGGAAUCAAUCGGGGUAACAAAAAAACAGGCGGGUGAUUGUUAUAACUGUUUGAAUGAGUGGUGCAAUCAGUUUCUGUGAAUGUUGAACAUGUUCGAAAAGCAAAUUUUUUUAUUUAAUCUAACCUUGUAGAAUGUUUAAAGGUUAAUUAAAUUUUUUAAAAAAUUAUAUCUCCUCUACACAUCAGCUUAUGUUAUAAGCUCACCUUGCCAUCUGUGG